CAGGAAAGCGCACAACACGACAUGGUCGCCCCCUGGCGCGGAAACUGUCAAGCACAGAGGCAUUUCAUAGUUUCGUUUUUGUUGUGUGUCUUGUGUUGCGAGUGUGCGACGGGCUUGGAGAGAAAGGGAGUGUGAAACAUUGUCGCCAGAUGGCAGAGGAGGGCCGGACAGUGAGGGUAAGUGGCCUGCCCACAGAUAUUGAGGAUGACAGGCUGACAGAUAAGCUGUGUAUCCACUUCCUGAGAGCCAGGCAUGGGGGAGGUGAAGUAGCCUCUGUCACCAUCGUCAAAACCACGCCUGGCUGUGCCCUCGUCACCUUUGAGGAGAGAGGAGUGGCACAGAGAGUUAUUCAGCAUGGACAACACAUUUUGAAAUUGGAUGGGAAGAAGUAUGAACUAACCUUGGCUGAGCAUCGCCGAAAUCCACAACCAGAUGAGGUCAUCUUGAGUAUGUCAGCAACUAUUGACUACAGCAAGCUUCCUCUGGGGCAAGCAGCAGUGACAAGCCUUCGUAAGAGCCACCCUGUUAUUCAGAUAAGCUGUGAUACUUCCAGGGAGCUGUGCAAACUGAGGGGAACCUACUCCCAAAUCCAGGAUGCCUUGGCACAACUGCUUGGGCGUCCUGGAGAUCCAGGAUCAGCAGAGCACAAAGACAUAGGCCAACCUGCGCCCAGUGGCUCCAGGACUACUCAUGCAGUGCAAACACCUCACACUCAGGAGUCUGUCGAUCAGGACAGAAGACCUAAUGAGCGGAGAGAACAUAUAGAGCAAUUUCAACUUGGCAGGCCUUGUAGUGACUGCAGCUCAAGCCCACAUGGAGACCGGACACCACAUAGUUGGGAGGACACAGGCCAGACAGAGGGUGGGGCUGUGGCUCUGCAGCAUCCUGGGGUUUCUGCCUCAUUAGAGGAGGACCUUUCCCUGAUAAUGGAUGCCGACAUGUUCCAGUAUUUACAGAGACAAUGCAAGGAUGAGUACCAGCAUAUCCUUAGUCGGCAUGGUGUUGAGGUCGUGGAUGUGACUGCUCAGGGAGUGACAACUCUGUUUCUCCGAAGUGCAACCAGGAUGGGCGAGGCUGGUCAUGAGGAGCAGUGCCUAAGGUUGGCAAGUGGGGAAAUCAGGAGGUUGCACCAGGAGAAUGAGGACAAGAUCCGUCGAGCUCAGCUACCUAAGAGUAUUCUCUUCCCUAGAGGAGGCCUGCAAAGGGCGAUUGAGAACUUAGGUGUCAGGCUCCCCAAGCUCCUUCUUAGUGAAGACGACCAAAAUGUCUACAUCAUUGGGAACCGUAGCGAUGUGUCUGAGGCCAAGCAGUUUCUUCUCCUGGAUCAAAGUGAAGUGAGGGGUAAAGGAGAGGGUGUAGCCAGUCUUCUUAGAUCCCCUUCAUUUGGCUCUCGUUCAACAAAUUUGCCUGAGGACGGGGGAGUAGGUCUUACUCUGUCCUCAACAGCAGAGUCUUUGGAUGGUAGGAGAGAUACAAUUCCUAGGUUGGAUGAUGAUGAGAAAAGAGCUGAGGGAGCCAGAAGGUAUAAACUAGCUGCCCGGUUUAAAGACUCAGGGUUGGGCGGGUUAGGCAUUCGACCGGGCGACUUCACUUUACCAGGGGUCUCACCUCUCAGUAGACGAACAGGCCUCGGUCCCACUCUGGGCCAUGACAUAGAUUCAGAAACUUCAGGGUUGUCCAGUGGAAGACUCUCCAGUGCAGUAGCUCAAAACACAGGAGGGGACAUCUUGUUUAAGGAUGGAGAUGCUCCAUUUUCAUCUGCCUUUAUGCAGCAUAAACCCUCCCUGCAUUCAGUGUCCGUGGAUGCUCAACAUAAGUUUACAACAGCCCCCCUCAGCACAACUCAGAGCAACAAGCAGACAAGGAGCACGACAGUCCCCUCUGCUGACUCCGGUUCCAACUUGAAACGAUCCAGUAGUUUUUCAGGGACAUCGCGGCCUAAGGGUGAAAUUAUGGAUCAUAGGGGUCAAGAAGACUCUGCGAAGUCUGUAGUUAGGGCAAGGGGCAGAUCAUCUAGCUUCAGUAACCGAACAGGGAAGGACAAGCGGGAAGUCUAUAGUGCAGAGAUUAAAGUUUCCACAGUAUUGUGGCGGUACCUGAAAACGGCCUACAGCACUCGGCUGGAGGACUUGACCUCUGACGUGCAGAUGAAAGGGGGCCACUCAGAAGCUAGCCGGGAUAUGACUGUCACCUUGACAGGGGUGGACUUAUCCGGAGUGAAAUCCGCUCAAUUAGGCUUAGAGAACCUAGUGUCUAUGGUUGCCACAGACUUCUGUGUUCAGGACCUGCGCUUGUCAGAACUGGGUGUGAGUGACCCAGCAGAUGAAACUUUGGAGGUGUGUUGUACUGAAGUGCGGAGCCGGUUCAAGAAAGUGUCCAUCGAGAAAUUUAGAGACAGGAUAUAUCUUCUCGGGCCAGAACAGUUGUGCUCUCAGGUGGGUGCUGCACUGAGAGAAGUGUUUUCCGGAGCAUCCGUCCAUAUACCUGAAGAGGAGGACUUCUCUAGCCCCUCUACCUCCAAUAUUAAUCUGUCCAUACCUAUUCAAGUGAACAAGGACCAAAAUGCCACUCUGCACCAUAACAGUAAUCCUCAGCAGAAGCUAGAGAACCAAAAAGACGCGUAUGAUGGGACUGGCAGUGGUCAGGAAAGGAAAUCAACCCAAAGAGGCGACUCCAGCGAGACACAGAGGAACAGUGAGGCAGAGCUUGUGAAUGGAUCUGUCAGCCAGCCGUUAGCGAGAAAAGACCCUGUCAUUAAGGAGAAAGUGAGAAGGGCAAACACAGCGCAGGUGGAUGGACAGAAGACUGACACAUGUAACAGCACCUCUACGAAGGAAAAUGGCAAAAGUGUGAGACGUGUGAAUGGUAUAGGGUCAACACCAGUCCAUUCUGAUCAACACACGGACACUCCACAACAACAAAGAAACACACAUUCCAGCGUGACCCAGAUUGACGAUAGGCAGCAAAGAGGACCAGAGAUCCACGCCAGCCCGGGGGGAUCCAGCCGAAGUCAAGGAGGCCUGGGAGGCAUUUGUGUGUGUGGGAGGAGUGUGGAGCCAUUGAAGAGGACAGAGUGUGGGGCGACCAUGUGCUCGGAGUGCCUGCAUGUAGUGCAUGCCCACUGCAGGGUUUGUGCUAAGACCGAGCCAAUACCCCAGGGCAUCCAGGGCAUCAUGAGCUACUCUGAACUGCCCUUCAGCGUGCCCGGUCACGGCAAGGACUACACUGUCAAGAUCACUUACUGUAUCUCAGAUGGCAUUCAAGGGGAAGGUCACCCCUCUCCCGGGUUACCAUUUAAAGGAGGGGUGUUUGAAGCAUUCCUUCCUCGCUGUGAGAAGACGAGGAAGUUGCUGCCUAGGCUGGAGAAGGCCUUCAGGCUGGGACUCACCUUCACUCUGACUGGUAAAGAUGCAGGGGCCAAAGUUACCUGGGACUGUAUCCCACAUAAGACCAGCCUACACGGAGGCAAAUCGGGGAACGGUUACCCAGAUUCCGGCUACUUGACACGCUUGUCCGAGAUCUUGAGCUCCCAUGGGAUUGAGGAGACACCAGCCAAGUCUCAGGAAUAAAAUAAAAACAGUUGAGCAGGAGUUUUAAAGCAGUUUUAUGCCUGUUUCUCACCUGUAUCGAUCACUGUUGUCAGGUGAAAACACUGUAUCUCCCAAACGGCAGCUUUGAGGAAACAAAGUAAAUGAAAGGUCUUAUAUCCAGAAUGACCGCCACACAUUUUCCAGUUUGUCCAAUGAGUUUUGAACGGCUUUUUUUUUUUUUUUUAUUCCAAGAGGUUGUAGAAUUUUCUCAACCCGCAGAGGGACCAUACUUUAAUACUUUACCAGAACAUAAAACAGGAAACUCACCAAAAUUGUCAAUGGAGUCAUUAGGAUUUUACACGACAGCAGUGAUAUGAUAAUGUCCUUUGCACUGUAUUUAUAUGUUGAUUAAAGUGCCAGUUGCUUUGCUCUUUAACAGGUUAAUCACAGCCAAUGUUAAAAACUGAAAUGUAGAACAGGUACAAUACAGGUAUAUUUUGUCAUUUGUUUGUAAAAACUGAAAUUACUAUUCAGAAAAGUCUCAAAUAAUAACAGCUGGGUACUUCUACUAAGUGUACUUUUAUCAAAGUUUGCAAUGCCACUGCAAUUCUUUUUUCAAACUUGCCGCAUACUUGUCUUUUUAAAAAUGAUUUGCACUGUUUUAUUUUUCAAAACUGACUAAACUUGUAAUGCUAAUAUUGUUUAAUCAGCCACCAGUCUUCAUUAUUGCUUAUUAUUUUCCUGCACAUUCUUAACACUGUUUCACUUUAGCUCAUAUGUGAUGUAUAAACAUGUAUUUUAUAUGGUUUUUGCAUUGUUUUAUACGUGUACAUUUUGUGUCGUCCUGUCUUGAGGAUGAUGUGCUGUUGAAAAAAUGGACAUUUGUAUAAUUGUAGUGAAGUCAAAAUUAUUUUUGUAAGAAACAUUCUGUUCUUUUCUACUCAUGUGUUUCCUGUGAAGUCAGAAUGGCUACAGAAAUAAAUAAAAUAAAACACAUCUCCUUA